AUGACAAGAGGAUUCGCAGCUAUCGCUCCUCAGUGCGAGGAGUUCUUUGACCAGGUCAAAGAGACUGACACUCUCGACUAUGUUUUCUAUGAAGCCUCCGCACACGACAAGAAGAUCUCCGUCGCUGAGUCCGGUACAUACAAGGAUUACACCGAAUUCGUUGCUCUAUUCAAGGAAGACACUCCCCGGUAUGCGGUCGUCAAAAUCAAGUAUCCUGCUCCAACUGGUAAUGAACAGCGACACAAGCUAGCUUUGAUCACAUGGGUGCCGGAGGGAGCAAAUAUCCAUGACAAAUCCUACUAUACCUCGAACAAAGAUCAUUUCUACCGUGCGCUUGAGGGGAUCAGUCUUCAUGUGCACGCCCAUAAUGUGGGGGAGCUGGCUCACUCUGCUGCGGACGUAAGAGCGCACAUCGAACAAAGUGGCGCAACAUUCAGCACUUCGGUUACGGAAGCAUGCACUCACUUGAUCACCACCCAAGUUGAUGUGGACAAGCAAUCCACCAAAUACAAAAAAGCUUCUGGUCUGCCCGGCUGUCACGUCGUUUCGCUCGAAUGGCUUCUGGAAUCAACACAGGCCAGAAAGCCAUUGCCAGAGUCAAAAUAUGCAUUUAACAAAGAGUCGAAAGUGCAGGUGGACACCGCAGCACAAAAGAACGGCAAUGGGAAAAACACGGAAAAAAAGCCUAAAGACGUGAAGCCUACGAAAAAGCGAGGCGCAAGUGAAGAAGAGGGCUCAGAGUCCAAGAAGAAGGUCAAAGAUAGCCAGAAGGCUACAACUAAGUCGCUUAAUAUUCCCAUUGACGAAGGCUUCGAUCAACGAGACAGCUACUACCAGUCCCCCACUGUCUACAUUGAUGACGCGGGGUUGAUCUGGGAUGCGACUUUGAACCAAACAGUAGCAUCGGACAAUGCCAACAAGUUCUACCGCAUCCAACUGCUGGUGGGUGCCAACUCAAAUUUCAUGACCUGGACGCGCUGGGGCCGAGUUGGUGAAAAUGGCCAAUCCGCCGAUCUCAGAUUCAACGAUUUGAAAAGUGCGAUGGCGAUGUUUGAAAAGAAAUUCAAAGACAAGUCGGGCUUAAGCUGGGCCAAUCGCCUGGAUACACCAAAGAACAAGAAGUACACCUUCCUGGAACGUAACUAUGAAGAAGACGAGGAAGACGAAGAAGAAGCGGAAAAACCUGCAAAGGUGAAAAAGGAAGACGACACUCCUCCUGUGGAAAGUCUCAUGUCUAAACCCCUUCAAGAUUUGAUUUCUUUCAUCUUCAACCUUAACAAUGUCCUUGAGGCCCUUGCAUCUAUGUCUUACGAUGUCCACAAGCUCCCUCUGGGCAAGCUUAGCACUCGGACUCUGAAAAGCGGAUUUUCCGUUUUGAAGGAACUGUCUGAGUUGAUAUCCGAUCCAACCUCCGCGCAAGCCAAAUACGAUGUUCCCUACGGCACAGCCAUUGAGCACUUGUCCAAUCGAUACUUCACAUUGAUCCCUCAUGUUUUCGGCCGCAAUCGACCGCCUGUUCUUGGAUCGGAUGCUCAGAUCAAAAAGGAGGUCGAACUCCUGGAGGCACUUACCGACAUGGACGUGGCGAACGAGAUCAUGACUGAGUCGAAGGAUAGUGAUCAAAUCCACGAGCUGGACCGCCAGUUCCAAGGCUUGGGAAUGCGAGAAAUGGUCGAACUGGAGCACACAUCGACCGAGUUCCAAGAACUCGAAAGCUACCUACAAAACUCCCGUGGCCGCACUCACAACAUGGAAUACAAAGUAAUCAAUAUCUUCCGCAUCGAGCGCCAAGGCGAAACAGAACGCUUCAACACAUCCAAAUACGCCAACCUUCCAAACAGCGAUCGUCGUCUCCUCUGGCACGGCUCCCGCAGUACGAAUUUUGGUGGUAUCCUUAGCCAAGGUCUGCGCAUCGCACCACCCGAAGCACCCGUGAACGGCUACAUGUUCGGAAAGGGUGUCUACUUGGCCGAUACAUCAAGCAAAUCCGCCAACUACUGCUGUCCUUACAACAGCGGUGGAAUGGGCCUGCUUCUAUUAUGUGAUGCGGAGCUCGGUGCUCCUAUGCUAGAGCUCGAUCGUGGCAACUACAAUGCUGGCGAGGAUGCUAUCAAGGCUGGCAAGAUUGCUACCCUUGGAAAAGGUUCCCAGGUGCCAGGUGGCUGGAAGGAUGCUGGUUGCAUUAACCCUGCUUUGGCAGGCGUACGAAUGCCUGAUGUAUCGAUCGCUAAUACUGAUCAUGUCCGUGGCGGAGGCUUGUAUUACAAUGAGUACAUCGUCUAUGAUGUUGCGCAGAUUCGGCAGCGCUAUUUGUUCCAGGUUAAGAUGAAUUGA